AUGGCGGCCAACAACAUGGCGAACCCCUCCGUGAACCCGGAUCACGAGGACGAGCUCUUCCAGAAGGAGGUUGAGGCUGUCAAGGCCUGGUGGUCCGACUCGCGAUGGCGACACACCAAGCGACCUUUCACCGCCGAGCAGAUCGUCUCCAAGCGAGGAUACCUGCCCAUCAACUACGCCAGCAACGCCCAGGCCAAGAAGCUGUGGAAGAUUCUUGAGCAGCGCUUCGAGUCCCGAGAUGCCAGCUAUACCUAUGGCUGCUUGGAGCCUACCAUGGUCACUCAGAUGGCCAAGUAUCUCGAUACCGUCUACGUCUCUGGAUGGCAAUCAUCUUCUACCGCCUCUGCUUCUGACGAGCCCGGUCCCGAUCUGGCUGACUACCCCUAUACUACCGUCCCUAACAAGGUCGGCCACCUCUUCAUGGCUCAGCUCUUCCACGACCGCAAGCAGCGCCAGGAGCGCCUGAGCGUCCCCAAGGCUCAGCGUGCCAACCUCCUCAACAUUGACUACCUCCGCCCCAUCGUCGCCGAUGCUGACACCGGUCACGGUGGUCUCACUGCCGUCAUGAAGCUCACCAAGCUCUUCAUCGAGAAGGGUGCUGCCGGUAUCCACAUUGAGGAUCAGGCCCCCGGAACCAAGAAGUGCGGCCACAUGGCUGGCAAGGUCCUUGUCCCCAUCCAGGAGCACAUCAACCGCCUGGUUGCCAUUCGCGCGCAGGCUGACAUCAUGGGCUCCGAUCUCCUCGCUAUCGCCCGUACCGACGCCGAGGCCGCCACCCUCAUCACCACCACCAUCGACCCCCGCGACCAUGCUUUCAUCCUCGGCUCCACCAACCCCUCCCUCAAGCCCCUCAACGAUCUUAUGAUCGCCGCUGAGCAGGCUGGCAAGAGCGGCGCCGACCUUCAGCGCAUCGAGGACGACUGGCUGACCCAGGCCAAGCUCAGCCGCUUCGACGACGCCGUCGCUGCCGCCAUUGACGCCGGCUCCUACUCUGACAAGGCCGGCCUCAAGCGCGACUACGCCGCCAAGGCCAAGGGCAAGAGCAACACUGAGGCUCGCGCCAUCGCCAGCCAGAUUCUCGGCCGAGACAUCUUCUUUGACUGGGACGCCCCCCGAACCCGUGAGGGUUACUACCGCCUCAAGGGUGGCUGCGACUGCGCCGUUAACCGCGCCAUCGCCUACGCCCCCUACUGCGACGCCAUCUGGAUGGAGUCCAAGCUGCCCGAUUACGCCCAGGCCAAGGAGUUCGCCGACGGUGUCCACGCUGUCUGGCCCGAGAAGAAGCUCGCCUACAACCUGUCCCCCUCUUUCAACUGGAAGACCGCCAUGCCCCGCGACGAGCAGGAGACCUACAUCCGCCGCCUCGCCAAGCUCGGCUACUGCUGGCAGUUCAUCACCCUCGCCGGUCUGCACACCACUGCCCUCAUCAGCGACCAGUUCGCCAAGGCCUACAGCACCGUCGGCAUGCGCGCCUACGGAGAGCUCGUUCAGGAGCCCGAGAUGGACACCAAGGUUGACGUUGUCAAGCACCAGAAGUGGAGUGGUGCUACCUACGUUGACGAGCUCCAGAAGAUGGUCACCGGUGGUAUCAGCUCUACCGCUGCCAUGGGUGCUGGUGUGACUGAGGACCAGUUCAAAUAA